AUGGAAGUGAUGCAAGUUCUUCAUAUGAACACAGGAGAAGGGGAAACCAGCUAUGCCAAGAAUUCAAUUGUGCAGAGCAAGAUAAUAUCAGUUGCAACUUCAAUAAUCCACGAAGCAGUGGAAGAGUGUCUGGAAAAGAAUUUCUCAGAUAGCAUGGGAAUUGCUGAUUUGGGAUGUUCAUCUGGACCUAACACUCUAAUGGUAAUUUCUGAUAUAAUAGAUACAAUAUAUGCCACAAUUAACCAAAAGGGAAUUCUGUUGCCGGAGUUUAGGGUUUCAUUGAACGAUCUUCCCGGUAAUGAUUUCAAUAACGUAUUCAUCUCUUUGCCGGAGUUCUACAAUCAACUCAAAACGGAGAAGAACAUUGGGCCCGAAGGGUGCUUUAUUUCAGGUGUGCCUGGCUCUUUUUAUGGGAGAUUGUUUCCUAAAAAGAGUCUACAUUUUGUUCACUCUUCUUCGAGUCUCCACUGGCUCUCUCAGGUUCCACGACCUUUGGAUUCAAACAUCAUGCCUCUGAACAAGGGAAAGAUCUAUAUAUCAAAAUCAAGUCCAAGAAGCGUAUUCGAUGCAUAUUUAUCACAGUUUAAGAGAGAUUUCUCAUUAUUUCUGAAAUCCCGAUCGGCAGAAAUGGUUGUUGGUGGACACAUGGUGUUGUCAUUCAUGGGCAGAGUCUCUGCUGAUCCCUCAUCAGAAGAGAGUUGCAUGCAGUGGGAACUCUUAGCACAAGCUCUCAUGAGUAUGGCCUUAGAGGGUCUAAUUGAAGAAGAGAAGAUUGAUUCUUUCAAUGCACCCUAUUAUGCUCCAUCUGCUCAGGAAGUGAAAUCUGUAGUACAAGAAGAAAGUUCAUUCACCAUUAAUUGUCUUGAGGCCAUCGAGAUUGAAUGGGAUGGGGGUGCUCCAGGCAAUAAUCAUUUCGAAAAAUACAAUAAUAAAAUCGAAAAUUAUAAUUUAUCAAGGGGUCAGCAAGUGGCUAAAACAAUUAGGGCUGUGGUUGAAUCAAUGCUGGAAGUCCAUUUUGGAAGAGAACCCAUGGAUGAAUUGUUUAAAAGAUAUGCAGAGAUGGUUGGUGAUUAUUUUUCCAGAACUACAGCAAAAUACAUAGACUUGGUAAUUUCUUUGACCAAAAAGGGUUAA